AUGAUCAGCGUACGGGUGAAUAAUUUCAACGAGAACUUUCUCAACGAAACCGACGGAGAUCCGAAUGCUGUGCUGAUCGAGCUGGAUAAAGGAAUUCGGUCGAACAAGAUCGGAGAUCAGUGCGAGGCCAUCAUCCGCUUUCCGAAGCUGUUUGAGAAGUAUCCGUUUCCCAUCCUGAUCAACUCGUCGUUCUUGAAGCUGGCGGAGUUCUUUCGCAUCGGCUCGAACCUGUCGCGGCUCUGGAUUCUCCGCGUUUGCCAGCAGAGCGAGAAGCACCUGGAGAAGAUACUGAACAUCGACGAAUUCCUGAAGCGCAUCUUUAUGGUGAUCCACUCCAACGAUCCAGUGGCUCGUGCCUUGACGCUUCGGACGCUCGGGGCUGUGGCGUUCGUGAUUUCUGAGAAGCAGCACGUUCACCACGCGAUCCGAAUGGCCCUCGAUAGCCACGAUACGGUCGAGGUGGAAGCGGCCAUUUACGCCAGCGUUCAGUUUGCGGCGCAGUCGAAAACGUUCGCCGUCGGCAUGUGCUCGAAGGUGGCCUCGAUGAUUGAGAGUUUGCAGACGCCGGUCAACAUGAAGCUGCACCUGAUUCCGGUGCUGCGACACAUGCACCACGAUGCGAGUACGGCGGCAAUGGUUCGGGUGCUGUGUCGCGAUCUGCUACCCAAGUAUCCGUCCGAACAGUUUGUGGUGGAAAUCAUACGCUCGCUGUCGCAACUUUCUUGCGCCACCCUGGUGGACAUACCGGACCAGGUCGAACUGCUGCUAGUGUCCCUUCAGGAUCCCAGGAAGCGCGUACAAUCAACGGUUCUGCUGUCGCUGAAGCGACUCGCCGAGAAGGGCGCAUACCUUUGGCCGAAGACGGCCAUUAGUCGCUUGCUGCUACUGACGCUGCAGUGCAGCAACCAAAGUAUGGCCCUCGACGUGAUCCUUACGUUGACCAAGUGCCCGCACACGUGCCACACGAUGCUGAACGAGGAACAGCAGCAGAUCCUGGACGUGUGCAAAAAGUGUUUGCUGAUGGAGAACGAGAGCGGUGGCCGCGCGAUGACGAUACUGACUAGCCUGAUCACGUACUGCCACACGGAAAAGAUCCCUCCGCCAGUGCACGUGCUGGAGUACCUUAAUAUGCACCUCGAGUUCCUGAUACACUCCUCGUUGCAGGACAAGUCAUCGCUGAAGGACUUUCGGCUCUACCUGAAGUGCGGUGUCCAACUGUCCAAAACGAGCCGAGAGUUUGGGGAGAACUUUGCGGAAAUGAUCGCCGAGGUGCUCAGCGAGGACACAGUCCACUCGUCUGGUCAUUCGAAACUGAUCUGCGAAGCAUUGGGGGCGAUCUGCUCGAAUGUGAUCGUUUCGUGUGACUUCUACGAGAGUGGCCCCCGGCCGUUCAGCAGUGUGAUGCAGCAUCUGUUGAAGAAACUUGAGUCACUCGCGGUCCCCGGUUCUGGGGAGCUGGACAAAGAGCGGGCCAACAUUGUGGAACUGCUGGCGGCAAUCUGCAUGCAGGCGAUGCUCGGAUCGUUCAUGCCGGACAACGUGAUCGGCAUAUUUACGAAGCUGCUGAAAACGACCAACCCGUGGACGCAGUACCGCAUUGCACGCUCGGCUUCGCGCUACGGUCAACAUUUUCUGGCCGGCACCAUCUACGAGAAGCUGUCCAAGAACAUUUCCCUCGAGAACCUGCACUUCUAUCUGGUCGCGUUGAGUCAAAUUUCGAAGGCCGAGUGUAUCCUCAACCACGGCCAAGAGUUUGAGGUGCUGGUGGCCAAGCACAUCAAUCCUGGUGACCAACCGGGCAAGGUGGCUUCCCUUUCGCUGAUCGACCGUCUUGAGGAGGCCAUCAACCUGUACUGCAUUGCGCUGUCGACCUUGAAGGCGAGCUCAUCGCCACAGCAUCCGCUCGUCUUUCAGUCGGAGCUGAUCCGCUUACGCUGUAUGCUGCUGGAAGUGCUGCAUAGUGUCGUGAUAACACGCAACACCCUCUGUAUCACGCCCCCGUCGGAGAUAUCGCAAACGCUGGCCCAAAAUUGUCGCGAUCCGCUGCAAAAGUACGGCCACAUCACGAACCAGCUGCGAAAGCACGUGAAGCUGUUGAAGAACUGUGAAGAUGCGUACGGGCGGCUGUACAAGAGCUCGUUCGAUGCCGAUCCUGGCACACUCGAGCACCUUGAGGCGGUGCAGCAUCUGUGCGCCUCGCUUCAGCUCUCGAUAGAAACCAUCUCUAUCAUUAACCCGUCGGAGACGCCCAAGAUUGCUCCGGAAUCGUCGCAUCCGGAAACGAAGUACCUAUUGUGCGUUUGCCGGUCAGUGGUCAAACAGCUGUUAAGCAUCCCGACGGAGGUUGGCGGCACAAAAACGCUCACCCACGAGCACACCGACAUGAUGAUGAAGCAGAUCGAGACGGUGGUCAAGUCUUCCCACUGCAUGCCGCGGUUCUUCUUUCAGGUGCUCCAGAACACUUCCGUGAAGCUGGCGUUAACCCCACAGCCCCGUGCCACCGGUGAGCCAGUGUUCGUUCAACCGAACAGCCACCUGGUGGUGAAGGUAGAAGGUGUAAUACAGCACUACGGCCGGACACCGUCCCUGUUCCGGGCGAUCAACAGCGUCCAGCUGACGCUAAACUCGUCGCUCAUCACGGCCCGUCCCAACGAUGUGAAGCUUCUGUCGGAUAGUAUCACACUGACGCAGGUCGUUAAACCCCACAGGGACUUUCUGAGCGGAAAUUUCCUCAUUGCGCUCAACAACACGACCCACACGUUCAACGGUGGCCCCGUCAGCUUGGGUGGCCAGUGGCAGCUGAAUCUGGAGACCUGCAUCAUCGACGAUAACGGGGUGAUGUGGCAGACCGGACCGAAGAGUACGCUGCACGUGCGCAUUCCCGAGGACAAGCAAUCGCUUGGCAUGCAAUCCGCGGGUAGACGGUUCUAA